CAGCUCACACACUCCUCCUUUCUGACCACGCACCCUCGAGGGCCCACAGGUGUCCUCUCCUCUCUCUCUCUCUCGGACUCCAACCGUCCCCUAACGCGUGAGUGUGUGUGUGUGUGUGUCGUCUGCUUUGGCCAUGUCGGACCUGAACCUGACGUUGGGCUACUUCCUGUCCGUGCUGGGCCUGAGCGCGCUCCUGGGCCUGUUGCUACGGCGACGCGGAGGCCUCUGGGCCCACCUGGCCGAGGUUCCGGCCGUCUUCUCGCUGGCCGCCUGCCGCCUGGAGGUACGUGCCAUCGAGGAGCUGGGGGGCUGGGCGGCGGGGAUCGGACCGGACGUCACGCUGUCCGUCCUCUUCCUCACGCUGCUGGCUCACGCCGCCACCUGGCCCGUCGCCAGCGGCAACCCGACCGUCGGCCUGCAGGGCUUCCUGGUCCUGGACGGAGGGCCUCCUCUGCUCAUGCUGCUGCUGCGGACGCUGCUACAGGUGGCCGGCGCGCACCUGGCCUGGCUGGCGGCCGGCUUCUACUGGAGCCUGAUGCUGACCGACCUGCACAUGAUCAAGAGCCUGAUGGGCUCCGAGUGCACCGCCGCGCUGCGCGGCUCCGUCCUACAGGGCGGCGCUGUCGAGGCCGCCUGCUCCCUCGCCUUCCAUCUCCUGCUGCUCUGCCUGCAGCGGCGCUCCGCUUUCCUCAGGGUCCCUCUGCUCGCCCUGUGUCUGACCUUUCUCUCAUUCGCAGCCAGCGGCUCCUCGGCAGGCCUGGUCAACCCUGCGCUGGCCUACGCGGUGACCUUCAACUGCCCCGGGUUCUCUUUUGCCCAAUAUGCUCUGGUGUACUGGCUUGGGCCGAUUGUUGGAAUGAUUCUGGCCGUGUUCCUCUACAUGGGACAUGUUCCGAGACUUUUCAGCAAGAACCUCCUUUAUUCUCAGAAGAGCCGUUUCCGGAUCCCCAAGAAGAAAGACGAGCAGAAGGAUAAGAGUGGCUAAGGGAUCACAGGAUCAGCUGUGUGUGUGUGUGUGUGUGUGUGCGUGUGUGUGCGUGUGUGUGAGUGUGCGUGUGUGUGUGGUGGGGGCUUCUGCCCAACUCAUUUGUAUAUUUUAUGUGCAUUUGAAAAUUGAACUGAAGAACAUGUGACUGUUGUUUCCAUUGACUGUAUUAUUUAGAAUAAAAAAGGGCUUUCUCCUAAUCACAGGAAGAGUUGGGAACAACUGUGGGAUACAAAUAAAAGGUUCCCAGGAUAACAUUUACAACAGAGUUAAUCCACCAACCCCUCUAGUGCAUCCACUUAGUAUUCACAUUAGAGGAUUUUCUGCCAAUUUAAUGGCUUGUCAUCUAGAGUCUUACGUCUUGGCAAGUGUUUGAUUAUCAUGAAUAUUCUCAUGUAUUUCAACAGCUCAAUCAUGGCUUCAGAAAUGUUCUUAAAUUAAUAUUCAGAACAUCGAAUUUCAUUAAAACCUUGCAAGACCUUGAUGGUUUUCUCAAUUUUAUGUUGUCUGAAAUGCAUGGGCGUAAGUUAUAGUAGGGACAUGAACCUGACACUUGUUUUGAUUAAUCAACUCAGUCCCUAUACUAUUUUGAAACUGACACACAUAUAGCCCUUUACUACCGACAGGACCGGUUCUGUUUCUGUUCUCAACCCAACGUUUGAACCGUUCGGACCCCGUUUAGAACAGUUCAACUUUGGUUCAGAGCUUGAACAUUACGCUGCAGGUGUUAACUAGCAUUACACAGCUAUUAAAGUCUUGUUUCUGGCA